AUGGCCACUUGCGUCUUCUGUACAAAACCUGCCCCUGGCGGGUCCUACAGUGUGCAGCCGCCACAGGCAGCAGGGAACUCCUGCACACAGAGCUGCCGGCAGUGCCAGAUCAGAUACCAGGCUCGGGCCUGGCGGUGGGGAACCCAGGGGAGCCCUGUCACCCUGCACACCCCUCACCCUGGGUUUCACAACCAACCCUCCCUGUGCCCGAUCGGCCUCCUGAGCACGGAGGCUGCAUGGGUGCUGCAGGGCCUCCCUGGGGCUGCCGAGGGUGUCUGCUCACUGAGCCCGCGUCUCUCCCAGAUCCUGGUGGCUACGAUUGACAAUGCCGGCUUCGUGCUGCAGGUCGACAGUGCCCGCCUGGCAGCUGAUGACCAAACAGAGUUGAACUUGCACAUGAAUGUGGAGGCCAACCUCAACGGCCUGCACUGGGUGCUGGACGAGCGGACCCUGGCCAGAGCCGACCUGGAGAUGCAGGUUGAGAACCUCAGGGAGGAGCUGGCCGACCUCCGGAAGAAGCACGAGGAGGAAAUGAAUGGGCUGAGAGACCAGGUGGGUGGGGACAUCGGCAUGGAGGUGGACGCCACCCCUGGUGUGGACCUGAGCCGCAUUCUGAAUGAGAUGCGUGACCAGUACGAGAAGUUGGCGGAGAAAAACCGUGAGGACGCGAGGAUGGAGGACUGGUUCUCCAGCAAGACAGAGGAGCUGAGCCGCGAGGGGGCCACCAACCCUGAGGCCCUGCAGAGUGGCAGGACAGAGAUCGUGGAGCUCUGCAGCUCCAUGCAGAACCUGGAGACCGAGCUGCAGUCCCAGCUGAGCAUGACAGCGUCGCUGGAGGGCAGCCUGGCAGAGACAGAGACGCGCUCCGGGGCCCAGCUGGCCCAGCUGCAGGGGCUCAUCAGCUGUGACGGGAGCGCCCAGAACCACGAGUACCAGGUGCGACUGGUCGUGAAGACGAGGCUGGAGCAGCAGAUCGAUACCUGCCGCUGCCCGCUGGAGGGCGAGGGUGCCCACCUGGCCACGCAGUACUUGUCCCUGGCCUCGAACCCCACCUGGGAAGCCGUGGUGACCAGCCGCCAGGUGUGCACCAUCGUGGAGGUCCAGGAUGGCCGGGUGGUCUCCUCUCAAGAGAAGGUUCACCCCUCCACCCUCUGAGGCAUGUGACAGCCCGGCCUUGAGGGCCCAGGGCAGCCCUC